UUCUUUGGAUAGUCAAUAUUGACUAUAAAAAUAUACUCAUGGGCACCAUCAACAACUCUGCUUAUCCUCUUUAUCCCACACACCCGCGCUACAAUACCACCACCUAUGAACCUCUCCACCAUCCCUAUGACAGCAUGUGCCCCUUCGGCCAUAGCUCCUCCGACUGUACUUGGAGCCGAAAUACUUUCCCUCUCAGCAUCCCCAGUAACAAACUUCUCCUUUGAUGUUUUUGCCGACUUCAACUACAACCAUGGUGAAAUCUCAAUCACCAACGCAUCCUUCUGCAACAUCACAGUCACCUACACCCACCCCGGCCAAAACGACAUUGUCAACGUCGAAACCUGGCUCCCCCUAAGCAACUGGAACGAGCGUCUGCAAGCAACCGGGGGCGGCGGCUGGCAGGCGGGCCGUUUUGUGCUGUCCCAGUUUUUCAUGGCCGGCGCCAUUGGGGAGGGGUAUGCGGUGACGACUACUGAUGCGGGUCUGGGCGAUUCCCCGACCUCCUGGGCUUUGAAGAGCGAUGGAAAUGUCGAUCUGUAUGCGCUGCAGAAUCUGGGGUCGAGGUCUUUACAUGAUCAGGCUGUCAUUGGGAAGAGCCUCAUCAGAAGCUUCUAUGGUCGCGAUCCAGCGUACUCGUAUUGGAGUGGUUGUUCCCAGGGGGGUAGACAGGGCCUCAUGCUUGCGCAGCGAUAUCCCACCGCGUACGAUGGAAUUGCUGCGUCAGCUCCGGCGAUAUACUGGCCGCAAUUCGUGAGCUCGUUUACUUAUCCGUAUCUAUUCAGCAGCUGGACACAAGAAUCUCCUCAAUCUUGCGAGUUGGAGUACCUGACAGCUGAAGCAAUCGCGUACUGUGAUCCGAUGGAUGGUGUUGUCGAUGGCCUUAUUUCGGACGUGUCUUUUUGCAACUACGACCCUUUUAGUGCUGUGAAUAGCACCUUCAACUGCUCCUCUACUGGACAUACAAUGCAACUCAGCAAGGGAGCAGCGAUGCUAGCUGACGCGGUCUGGUCGGGCGCUCGGUCUACCCAGGGGGAAUUCCUGUGGUAUGGAUUGAAUCCGGGCGCGAAUAUCAGUGGUUUUGGUAACGACGGCACGAAUGCCCAGGCACCAUCGGGUGUGCAGGGUCUAUGGAUCGGACUGUUUUUGCAGAAAUUGCAAAACUACAACAACACCGUCAUUGAUCAUGAAGAUUUCGACUGGCUUUUCCAUCUCGGGGUUCAGGAAUACACUGAUAUAAUUGGCACGGCUGACCCUGAUCUCACCGAGUUUCACAACGCAGGAGGCAAAUUAAUCUCCUAUCAUGGCAUGGCCGAUAACUCAAUUCCGACAGAAGGAACAGAGCACUAUUAUAAUGCUGUCAAGGAACGCCUCCCUGAUGUGCAUGAUUUCUAUCGUCACUUUGAAGUUCCUGGUUUGGGACACUGCUCUGGCGGCAACGGAGGACAACCAAAGACUGUAUUCGACGCACUGCGUUCAUGGGUGGAGAAUGGCACUGCCCCGGACACUCUGCCGGUUGAGUUCAGCAGUAAAGACGGGUCUCACCAGGAACGCAUUCUCUGUCCUUAUCCUUCCAAGGCUGUCUACCAAGGCGGUGACUCGUCGUCUGCCGAGAGCUUCCGUUGCGUCGACAGUGAGAAGGAAAUGUGCUCAUAGCAAUGGCGGAAUCAACUAGAGGUGUAUAAAGCUUGUUGUGUAUUAAGAUAGAUAAUAAGGUGAGAAAAUAACGGCUUUAUUUCAUCUGCUCCAUCGGCCAUUGUAUAAACGUUUGAUAUUCCUCAGGAACAAAUCGAUGGAUGCCAGCUAUGAUGUGUUCAGGCCAUCCUUGAAUAAACCACACGGAGCUGAUUCUUUUAAGCAAAACAGUAUAGAAAGCGAAAAUCAUCAAUGCAAAUGAGUUUCGAUGCUGCAGAUCAGCAACAAAAUCAUUGGGCAGCGUAUAUAACCAGCCGAAUAUUUGCGGCCAGAGUUCUCCAUCUGUC